AUGGACUUGCCCAGCGAUCCCCAAGAGCUGCACGUUUCUACCACUCACCCCUUGUUGUCGCUGGUUGCAGCCGUAUUCUGGGCUCUUCUAUGGCUGUUGUCCUGGGCCAAGUCCCUGAUUGCGUUCGCAACGAUAUCUGUGCCUCGAUUCAUCUAUGCAGUCUUGUCCUAUUCUCUCACAUUUACUCUGAACUUCUGGUCCUUCGUCAUUAUAUUCAUCGCAUCAGCAGUCGCACUCAACUACUUUAUUCGAUUCCGUUAUUUGAAUGUAUACUCGACACUGAAAGAACCGCCAUUGGUCAGGACGGAUGCUAAGGAACUCCAUCCCGAUGUGAAUGCGACUGAAGCUCCUCCGAACUUUCAUAAUUAUCUGGAUGAUUUCCUAGAAGCUGUUAGGAUCUUUGGGUUUCUUGAGAAACCAGUCUUCCACGAAUUGGCCAGACAUUUGCAGACUCGACGACUCAUUGCGGGAGAUAGCAUUUCGUUGAACCAGGAUAAAAAUUUCUACUGCGUUAUCGAUGGUCUGGUGCAGGUGCACACUCGGACAGGUGACGCCCAACCAGAGGAGGGUUCUUGGGAAGACGGAAGUCCCAAUGGAUACCAGCUUUUGAAUGAAGUUGGUAGUGGUGGUACCUUGUCAAGUCUCUUUACUAUUCUAAGCCUCUUCACGGAGAACGUUCGGAUUAGUUGGCAAGAUGACGAGGUCACGGAAGUUGAUACGGAUCAAGACCAUGCAUCGACUCGUCCGACGCGAACAAGGAUGCACCGUUCAGACUCUGAUGUUUCUAAUAUUGAUUUGGAUGGAGUGUCAGCUUAUUCGUCGCCUUUGUCGAGUCGGUCACAUUCUCGGCGAAGACCGUCCGUGUCUUCAUCAGGUUCAACUAUUCACGGAGAUGAUAGUACUAUUUCGUCUCCCAAUGGUCGUGGAACCCAGUCAUUCCGUCGUGAAUCGUCGUCGUAUAUAGGCUGGGAAAGCCAGGCUCGGAUAGUUGAUAAUAGUAUUGUCGCUCUGGCUGUCGAAGAUGCUACCCUUGCUGUCAUCCCUGCUGAAGCAUUUCGGCGUCUGGUGAAGCAGUUUCCUAAAGCGUCCGCUCAUAUUGUUCAAGUGAUUUUGACAAGGUUCUCUCGUGUCACUAUCAAUGCUGCACACAAAUAUCUUGGUUUAACCACUGAAGUCAUCCGAACAGAAAAAGCAAUUAACGAAAUUGCUUGUCAUCCUUUGCCUAACAGGUUCUACGAAGGUGGGGGGCUGCAUGCUCUCCGACACAAAUUUGACAAGCAGUCUGGGGAGGAAAGUCCCGAACCAGAACGUGAUUAUUUCAGUCCGAUACACUCACAAUCACCUUCAGAAAAUGGUCCUUACCUGUCUCAUGAUCAUGGCGUCACCGAAAGCCCUUUAUCAUCAUCGCAGACGUCGUUGCCCCGCGAAACCUUCAACCCCAAACGUACGCAUUCAUCUCGGCAUCUGGUGCAAGCAGGGGAUCUCCACACGUCUGCAAUCCUUAGUGAUCCGAACCGAUUUUUCCACAGGCCUUUCAGCACAACUGGUACAGGGAAUUUCUUGCCUAGCCCUAUAAUUGGUGCAGAUCAUCAUUUACACAAUGAUGACUUCGAUUUGAGGGAAGAGGUCAUGUCCUGUAUCGCCAAGUCGAUCGGAUUGCGUCAACCGCCUCUGAGUGGAAUAGACUCCGUGGAAGCGUCACCUGCGUUUUCCCCUGUUGGGAGUCGAAGUGGAGAUGGCCAUGAACGCAACCAAGGGUUCACAUCGUUUGGGUCACUUUCGCUGCUUGAAACAGUAGACGAUGCCUCGUCUAGCGUGACGGGCGAGUCGGCGAUGGGCAGCGUGCAUGGUGUUGCGGCCUUGGAUAAUGAAGUUGAGAUAUUGUAUUUCGCUGCUGGCUCAACUCUUGCUCGAGCAGGAGAGCGACAUCCCGGGCUGUUUUACGUUAUUGAUGGAAUUCUCGACAUUUCUCUUCCAUUGGAGGAAGAUACUUCCACCAAAUUGGGACGAGAGGAACGGGAGCACAAGCCAGCUGCAAAACAUCGAUCUGCAACCGUUACACCCACCUCCUCCAACGAGAAACGCAGAUACUUGUUUACGGUCAAACCGGGAGGCAUAGCUGGUUACAUGUCUUCUCUUUGUGGAAUCCCAUCCUAUGUUGACAUCACUGCCAAAAUGGACACAUACGUGGGAUUUUUGCCAUAUAACGCACUGGAGAGGCUUCUUGAGAAACGACCGAUUGUUCUCCUAACUUUAGCGAAGAGGCUUAUUUCCCUAUUGUCUCCACUGGUUCUCCAUAUCGAUGCUUCUUUAGAUUGGAUGCAGGUCACUGCUGGUAAAGUCUUGUGGCGACCGGGAGAUCCUAGUGAUAGCUUCUAUAUCGUGGUUAAUGGACGACUCCGAGCAAUUGAUGAUAAAGAGGAAGGGAAAGUCAAGAUACUCGGCGAAUAUGGGCAAGGAGAUCCGGUGGGCGAACUUGACGUUAUCACACGCUCUCCACGUCGGAACACAGUCCAUGCCAUCCGAGAUACAGAGCUUGUACGCAUGCCGUUGACGUUAUUUAACGCAAUAUCCGCUCGCAAUCCUCAAGUUACAUCGCAACUGCUGCGACUAAUCGCUUCAAGGGUUCGUAACGAGGUUGAUAUUUCUUCCUCCGGCCGCACAGCGAACGCAACACCCGAACUUGGAUGGAACAACUUGAAUCUCAAGACCGUAGCAAUUAUGCCUAUUUCCAGGGCCAUUCCGAUAGAAGCUUUUGCGAAGAAGUUGCAAAGUGCCCUGGAAAGCUUCGGUGCCCCUACGGCUUAUUUGAAUCAAGCGUCGAUAAGCCGGAGCUUAGGACGACAUGCAUUUACGAGGAUGGGAAAGCUCAAGGUCGCUGGUUGGCUGGCUGAUCAGGAACAGCGAUAUAGGACGGUUUUAUACGUUGUUGAUUCGCCUGUCAACAGCAAUUGGACACAGACGUGUAUCCGCCAAGCGGACUGUGUUAUGGUUGUCGGAGCCGGAGAUGAUCCCAGCCUAGGAGAAUACGAGCGUUUCCUAAUGUCAGUCAAAACGACGGCCAGAAAGGAACUCAUACUGCUUCAUCCGGAACGUAGUGUCGUUCCGGGAAGUACAAGAGAAUGGCUGAAGAUCCGACCUUGGAUAAGUCGACAUUUCCACGUUGAACUCCCUGGAAUAACCUUACCGGUGGGAAAGACAAUUUUAAAGGAUCCGGAUCCUGCUGCUGUCACUGCGCUGAAGAACCUGAAGGAUAAGGUGCAAAGUGAGAUCCAGAAGUUCCGCGGAGGGCGCGACAUCCCUCGCCCUCAAAGACCUGCUCAGAUGAGUGAUUUUGCCCGGUUAGCGAGAAGAAUAUGCGGGAAGUCCGUCGGGCUGAUCCUUGGUGGUGGCGGCGCGCGUGGACUCUCGCAUUUGGGCCUUAUCCAAGCUAUGGAAGAGCGGGGAAUUCCGAUUGACCAAAUUGGAGGAACGAGCAUUGGAGCAUUUGUUGGUGGUCUUUUUGCUAGAGAAGGUGAUCUUCUAUCCAGCGCUGGAAGGAUUAAGCAAUAUUGUGCUCGAAUGGGCAAUAUCUGGCGUUUGCUGUCUGAUCUAACCUACCCAAUCGUUGCAUACACUACGGGCCAUGAAUUCAAUAGGGCUAUUUACAAGUCCUUUUACGACUUACAUAUUGAAGACAUGUGGAUACCUUUCUUCUGUAAUACCACGAACAUUUUGACUUCUCGCAUGGAGAUUCAUGAAUCAGGAUACGCGUGGCGAUAUAUCCGUGCAUCUAUGACCCUUGUUGGUCUUCUUCCCCCACUCUGCGACAAUGGUAAUAUGCUCGUCGAUGGUGGAUAUAUGGACAACCUUCCUGUAUCCACGAUGCUUGCGAUGGGAGCAAGCGUAGUCUUUGCAUCCGAUGUUGCUUCUAUUGAUGAUAACUCCCCGAGGAAUUUCGGUGAUUCCGUAUCUGGUGUCUGGCUGUUUAUUAACAGGUGGAAUCCGUUUUCGAGUGCAAGGAAAAUUCCACCUAUUACGGAGAUUCAGAGUCGCUUGGCCUAUGUCUCGAGUGUAAAGACAUUGGAAGAAGCCAAAGCUGCACGCGGUUGCUUUUACAUGCAAUUGCCUGUCCAAGAUUACGGGACGAUGCAGUUCAAUAAGUAUGAGGAGAUAGAGAGGAAAGGGUAUCAAGCAGCAGUGAAAAUCCUGCAAGAAUGGGAGGAGGAUGGAAGGCUAGCGGCUGUUCUGGAAGAUCUGGCAGAAGUACGAAGCCAAGGGAAACGGAAAGGUUUGAGUGCUAGAAGGAAUUCGAUUUGA